GUAUCAAGCCAAGAUAAAAAAUCUUAGUACGAGUCGGGUACCAGGUUAAAAUAUCCCGAAGAUAUUGGAUAGCCCACGAAAGUGCUUUGUCAACUUUACAUGUGUGGAUAUUUGAUUGGUUUAGAUAAUUUACUUAAGUAUAAUAGAAAUUAUCAUACACUAAUUUUGUCAAAGCUUUUUUUAUCGAGUAAAAGGAAUUAUAGUUUUCCUUAAACAGUUUGUUCAUGCUGGAUUUAUUACAAAAUAUGUUCGGAAAUCGAAAGUAGAAGUUGAGUUUCAAAAACGAAAGAAGACUUUUUUCACUUAACUAUUACUUAUAAAAUGGCAACUGGUGGACAAACCAGUUCCAGCCAAGAUGCUGCAAUCGAAGAUACCACCGAAUGUGUUGUACGACCUUGCGAGCCCUGUGUCAGAAACGAGUCUUCAAACUACGCUACCGUGUUUUGCAAGGAGUGUAAGGAGCUUCUUUGUGAUGAGUGCAAAAAACCUCAUACUAUAUAUAGACCAGGAAAGCAUAAACUUGUUAGUAUUCUGGACAUGAAUACAGCAUCGGUGGUCUCGGAGAUGAGAGGUACAGACAUAUGCGAAGAGCACGGAAUGAAGAUUGAGUUUUACUGUGAAGACCAUGACAAGCUUUGUUGUAGUACCUGUGUGUUAAUGCAUCGGAAAUAUGAUCAUGUUUAUGAAAUAGCAAGUGUAGCCGAAGAAAAAUAUCAGACAUUGAAGAAGACAUUGAAAAUAAUGGAAUCAGCAACUGACAACAUUAUAGCAGACUGUAAAACUUCGGAGAACAAAUUGAAUUAUUGGAUAGCAGACAUUUCCAUGACAAUAGAUAAAGUUGAUGAAAUGAAACACCGUAUCAACAAACUGAUUGACCAAAAGAACAACAAGGCCUAUAUAGAGGCAAGUUCAUUUAAGGCUGAGGAGCUUAAAAGAAUACAAACAACACAAGCAUCCUUUACAGGUAUCAAGCAAGAGAUCAAUUGCUUAUCAUCUAUGUUUAUAUCCGAUCACAAAACACCCGUACAAAUGUAUUUGGUUGCAAAACAAGUUGAACAAAGUCAGAAAAGGAUCGAAACAUUCAUAAAUGAAAAUGGAAAAAAUCGAAUUUUCUCAAGGAUCCCAGUUUCCUAUCAGGCGGAGUUAUCAACACUUCUUGAAAACGAGAACGCUAUAAAAAACGCGAUUAUGAAUCCUCUACCCGUCCAGACAAAUGAACCCGCGCCCCCCUCAUCAGAAGACUCUUCAGAUCUCUUCCAGGAACUCACUCUACAGCAGCUUGUUUCUGUGGAUCUUAAACAGGCUGAAGGUGAUGAGGUGGAACCUUUGAUCACUGGACUGGACUUCAUGCCGGACGGUAGGCUGAUUGCCGUGGAUAACCAUAACAUGAAAUGUCUCAUAUUUAAUGAGCGACUCCAGAUACAAGGAAUUCCGUAUAAAUUCAAGACAUAUGCUUAUGACGUCGUUUGUUUAUCAAAGUAUGAGUUUGCAGUUACUGUAGCAAACAUGACAGCGUGCCUCCUGUUCGUCAGUCCGGACAAUGUCAUCAGCCUGAUUACUGAACUGAACACAUCAUCCCAGUUCGUCUCAAUGUGCUGCAUCACGCGAUCAAACAUGGUCGUGAGUACAUUACAAGAUCCACGUCUAGUGAGAAUGAUAACAGUGGAUGGUGUGGAGUCUGACUUUGAUCGUGUGGAGUUUCCAAGUAAGACAUACAAGAUUGGUGAAAGUAAAAGUACGUAUGUUCAGUGUAAGAACACAUUGGUACUGACUGACCUCCACGCUAACACAGUGUACAUGUACGACACCGUGAAGGCCAGGUCAAGAGGAGUAACUGAUGAGAACAUACAGAAACCAUGCGGUGCCUGUGUUGGGCCUGGUGGCACGGUGCUAGUGUGCAGUACCAAGAAGCAUUGUAUCGUACACCUAACUGUUGAUGGUGACGUAAUAGGAACUUACCCAGUGGAUAUGAAGUUCCCAUUCAGCCUUUGUAUGAACAGGAAAACUUCAAUUCUGGCAGUAUCAAACAACUGUGAUGGCGACAGGAAACUGCGGUUAUACAAAUUAUCACCAGCAUUUAAGUUUUAAUGAUCUGUGUGCGCUGUUAAUAUGCUAUUAAACCGUUAUUUUAAAUAUAAUUUCAAUAAUAUAUAACAUGCCCGGUUACAAAUUAUACGUGUUAUACAAGUAAUAAAACCCCAUUUUAAAGCUUAAUGCAUUAUUAGUGGAAAAUAUAUUAAAUAGUUAUACACGCAUUUAUUUCUAUUUCACUCUGUUAAUAUUAUGAUUAGUUAGCAAUACAAUAUUUAAUAUAUAAUUAAAUAACACGUUUAUGUAACGGGGCGUAGUUGUUUAAAUGUAUCGUAAAAACUGAUUUAUGUUGCUUGUGGUUCUGUAUACAUUUUAUAAUAGCUAUUUGCACAAUUAUAAUCACAGUAAUCAUCAUCAUCAUCAUUAUAAAAGGCAUU